AUGGCCACCUUCGGUCCCGACGAUGUGAAGGUGUUCAGCGAGGCGCCUUCCCUCUUUGUGUACGAGCAUGCUGGGGAUGGAGACUCAAUCGUCGAAUCCCAGGCCAUUGUCCUGCUAAAAAGAGAACAUGGUCUCCUGCUACUGCUGCCUGCGGGGGCCAUCCCCGAGGAGGAGUUGGUCCAGGGAGUUUUGGCCCCAGUGCCCGACUUACUGGGCCCUUCUCGGGUUAUAGAGCUUGGUGCUGUGCGCCUGGUUGGUUCAGAGGUGGUUCCUGUUGCAGAUAUGGUGCUCACCGCAUUGCUUGUGGACUUCUCAACCGCGGUUCUUGCCAAGCUUUACGCCGUCAACCAGGCCGAAGAUCCCGAGUUGCUCCUUUCCUUCUGCCCGGAUCAGCCCGACUUGAUCCCAGACCCUUCCGUUGCUUUGCAGGUCGCCCUGGAGUGGGCACAGCAACCACAGGAGGAGGUAGGCGAAAGGUUGGCGUUCUACUCUGCAGACGAGCUCCCUCCACCUGUCAGGAAGCGCCCCGUGCUCAGGCUGAGCAGGGAAGAUCCUCUGCAGCGGGCCGCCGGCUUGGAUACCGUCGAGGAGCUAGCAAAGGCGCAGGCAGCCUUACAACAGCAGCAACUGCUGCAGCCUUCGCCCCCUCCAGUUGCCGGGCCUGGUUCCACUGUGGCUCAGCUUGCGGAGUGCGAGGAGGCUGCCGAGAACCUAGCCAAUCCCCAGAGCUCCGAGUCACCCUUGGCUCAGGCGGUGCUGGCGCAGUCCCAAGCACUCACAGCUCUGGUUGCACAGCUGUCCACAGGAGACACCGCGGAUCUCAGCCUGCCCGGAGCAUCAGUGGGGGCUCGAGGGGCAAACCAACGAGCAAAGCUGCAGGAGGCGCUCGCCAGCAACAAAGGCGUCUUCUACCACGCUGUCCUCCAAAACAUGGCCCGCCGCAUGUCCCCUGCCAGCAGCCACUCUUCCGAUCCGGCCGAGCUCUUGAGCCACGGAGUCUGUCUUACGAGGUAUUGGGAGAGAUUCGGAGGAUUCCACCGCGCAAAGGACCUAGGUAUUCUGGCUUUCCAGGUUGCAAAUGCCUUGGACGCGAUGCAGGCUGGAAAGACUGCCCAGGCGGCAGACCACCUGGCCCUCCUGGCCGUUUGUUUGGAACAGGGUGCUCUAGACGGUGGUCGGCUCGACCUAGGGUUUCAGCUGACCUUUCUGGAAGAACCGCCGGCCGCCCUCUUCUCGGACAGAGCUCUUCAAACGGGGAUUCAGGCAAGAGCGUUCGCGCCGCUGGCUGCUCAACGAUGGGUGGCCGUUGUCCUUGCUUACAUGAAGGAGCUCGAGGUGAUAACCAGUCGCAGGCCGCCCGCUCUGUCUGGUGAUACGAGUGGCGACGGCGCCCCUUUUAAUGGCUUACCCCCACCACCAUCAGCCGACGUUGUGCACGCUGCCCUCUCGGAAGUCUGCACGGCUUCCUCUUUCUUUGCUGCCCUGCCGAGGUGGUUGGUCCGCACCAGGACUCCAUUCUCGGCUUUCCUGGCUUUUUCUUUCCGUUCUCCGCACAGCCGCUGCGGCACUGCCCCAGCUUCCGCUAUCUUUCCACUGCCGGCCCCUUUCUUGGGCAUCUUCCAGAGCAGUGGCCCACGGCUUGCUAAAUCUGAGUGGCGUCGGCUUAGAUUGCGGCGCGCCCUCCACUGUGUCGUUAUGGCUUUGAAUUUCCUUCAUGACCAGUUGAAGUGGCCCUCUCAGACCGAGCUGCUGUGGAGACAUCCAAAUCCCCACCAGAGGCGAUGCUUUAAACGCAUCUGGAAGUUCUUGAUAGCGUGUGACUCCCGCCAGGAGCAGAUGCUUCUGGUACCUGGCAGGUCGGGUCCUGAAUUAGUUUGCAAACUUCUCGAGCUCGAGCACCUUGCUUCUGCUAUAUGCGACUCGAGCCAGGGCUCUUACGCGUCCUCCAUGCUGGAGGACGAGCCUUUCUGUGAACCGCCUUCGGCUCCUCAGGUAAUCCCCUGCCCAGGGGUAAGCCGCUUCCUGCACAUGUACCGCUUGCGCAACCUGGGGUUGGGUGUCCGGGAUAAGCUGCUUCUUGACACUGUGCCGUCAAUUCAGCCUGACAGUUCAUUGCCCCAGCUCCAGCCCUACAGGCCUCUCGAUGUCUCCCGACUGAGGAUCAGUGGCAGGGGAAACUGGGACGCAAAGCUGUGGCUAGAUGGCGUAUUAUGGCUGCCGUACCAAGAACCCAAGAUACUGCAACAUGGCCUUGACCCCACUUGGGCAGAUCUUCCGGACGUUAGUCUUGAGAGUCCCACAGAGAACCAUCGACUGGCUCUCCUCUGGUCCACACAGAACAUUUUGCACCUCAAGCGGGGCCCGCCCAACUUGCGCACUGCUUGCCGCGUUUUCAACGCAUUCAAGGAUGAUUCCAGGGACAGGCAGAUAGGGGACCGCAGGGCCCAGAAUUGUCUUGAGUACUCUAUCAGUGGACCCUCCAAAAACCUACCGUGCGGAGCCCAGCUGGUCUCACUCCUCGUGAAAAGAUACUCCCAGAAAGUCGUUGCUUUUAUAAGCGACCGCAAGGAUUUCUAUCACCAGAUGCGAGUCUCGGAGGAGAGGGCGUGUUCAAAUGCCCUGGGUUUUUCCUUCUCGCCCGAGUCCUUUGAUGCCGAGGGUUCCAGCUCUGUGGAUUCGCCUCAUGACGCGAGCUAUGCCGAACAGGCCCACUCACUUCUCACUUGUGGGCUUGAGGGCCACCGCCUCGCCAGCUGCGACGUCGCUUCCCACAACAAGAGAAAAGGCGUCCUCGUGCCCUCGGAGGUCACUCCAUGCUUCAUGUCUCUUUUCCAAGGCGACCAUUUAGGCGUGGAGUACGCCCUCGAGGCUCACUCCCAACUCCUUUCCUUCUAUGGCGCUUUGCCUGAUGGACAGCGGCUUCUCGGAGGAUGUCCUGCUCCCUUGUCUGACACCUGGGCUGCUCUUGUCAUCGACGAUUUUGUCAGCCUCUCUGUGGUGCCAGCUGCUACUAAAGCUGAGGAGACCCAAGCCGCUGCGCUCCAUCGAGCCGCGAUCUGCGCGUAUAAAGCUGAGGAGGUCAUGGGAUCUCCCGAAAAAGACGUCAUUGGCGCCACCAAUUUCAAAGCAAUCGGAGCCGAAGUUAUCUCUGGAGACGCUGCCGUAAGAAAUGGCCUUGUGACGGCUGCUGCCCCUGAGUCGGCGCUUACCUCUUGCUGUCCUCUGUUUGCGUGCGGCCAGGCUCCCUAUUUCGUCUUUGAGCCUGUUGCCAAGACCACCGCCUGCCCAUCUGACAUGAAGAGGCCUAUUGGCCUCUCCCGGCGCACUGCCCAAGAGCUUGCCUUAUGUGGAGCCCUCAUGCCGCUCUUCGCUUCCGACCUUUGUGCCGAGCACUCUGAGUCUCUCUACGCCACUGAUGCCUCACUUGGCCGGGGUGCGAUAUGCAAGACUACCAUCCCUCGAGACCUUAGUCGAAGCCUUUGGUUGAGUAGCGAUAGGAAGGGGGGCUACAGCCGUCUUGACUUCCCUGCGCGGGCAAAUUGCCGGGCAGCUGGCAUCCCUCUCUCCGACGAGGAUUGUGAGGCCCAUCUUGAUCCUGAGGACAUUCCCAGAGCACCUGAGUUCAUCCUUGACCUCAUCGAGAUAUGUGGAGGAUCCGCUGUCGUCUCAAAGGAGGCCUCCGAGCUUGGGCUUGUUGUUGGGCCUCCCAUAGACAUCUCUGAGAGCCCACAUUUUGACAUCCUCGAUGCAUCUUUCGGAGUCUGGCUUGGCUCUAUGCUUUCUUCGGGUAGAGCUAGGUCGCUCUUUCUUUCCCCUCCUUGCGCCACCUUCAGCCCUGCUGCUUACCCCAAACUGGGCACUCCUGCGAAAUCUGAAAGAAUCAGCCGAGGGCAGUCUAGGAUCAAGAUCGGGAGCGCGCUUGCUCAACGAUGCCUAGCUUUCUUCUGCAUCGCCUGGUACUGGGACGUCCCCACGCUCUUCGUGACGCCAAGACUGUCAAGGCUUGCCUGGACAAGAUGGUGGAAGGCCGUCGCAGGCAAUUGGUGCCCCUCAGCAGCGUGCCCUGGCAUUGAAAACAUCAUUAUCAAUGACUGCCUUUGUGCGGCAAAAUGGCAGGUCACAACCGUCAUACCCUGGCGUUCCUCUAGCCACAUCAACGUGUUGGAGCUAGCUUCGCUUGUUGCUCUGUUGCGAAACAUCGCGCGGGAGGAGCCUGACGCACGAGUCACGGCGCUCUCCGACUCUUCUGUCGCAAAGAGUGCCCUGGCAAAAGGUCGAUCGACCUCGAGGGCGCUCACUCCUGCCCUUCAGCGGGCUACCGCGCUCCAGCUCGCUUUUGGUUUAUACUUAGCCAUAGGGUUGCUCCUACAAGACUGA